UCAACACACCUGCCUGGCCUGGUGCUAUCAUCGCCAGCUCAUUCGUGCGAGAGGUAGCGUCAGCCCUGAUAGGCCGUCCCCAGGAGGCUUUCCCUCCUCCGCCGCCGCGUGUGGGUGGUGUUUUCGUCUUGAAAGCGGCGGAGUUUUUCUGACGGGUGUGUGUGUCGGGUGUCCGCAUCAUUCCAUCGUCGUAUCAUACCGAGAACGGAAACACCAUCCUCAUCGUUUGAGGAGGCACGGACGGCGGUCUCACAGAGCGGCAGAAGCGAUGCUGGGUAUGAUCCAGUCAGUGUUUGCAAGGACCAGGCAUGCUUGUCGGCGAACAGGUGCUCGCCUCUGCGGCCGCAACAGCGAGUGCGAUGAUGGCAACGGUGGGUGCUGCUGCUGCGGCGGCGGCGGGAGGCCGGAAUCCAACGGCGGUAAUAACGGCAACGGCAGCAGCGGCGGCGGCGGCGGCAGCAGCUGCCGUAGUCGUCGCGCCGGUCCUUGCUGCAGCUGGCUGUCGUCCUUGCUCCUGGGCUGGGAUUGGCUUCCCAUCGCCACUUCCGGAGCUCCUGUAGCCGGAGGCGGCGGGCAGGCCCUGGGGGGAAGUGCCUCCGCAGCAAUUCCUCGCCACUCGUCGGGCGGCACUGGUAGAGGCGGCGGCGGCGGCGGCGGCGGGGGCGCAGUCGGUGAUAUGGCGGUGGCCUUGGGGUCGGGGGAUACGGGGGGAGUGAGGGCCACGCGGAGACUGGGGACUUCUUCCUCGUCAUCGUCUGGGCCCGGCGGCGGUAACGGCGGUGGCAGCGAGUGUUCCAAGCCUCUUCUGUCGCACAGCAAAUCGGCGGAGUUCCGAGAAAAAGAGCGGCGUUUCAUCAAAGGCCGUUUCGUGUUGCCCGGGAGCGACGUACAGCGUAGAAUAGCUGACGCCAUGGCCGAAGUGCUCGCAGCCGGGGAGAGGGCGAUGUCCGGAACCGACGCCAGCGGCGCUACGGGCGGCGCAAUUGGCCCGAACCGGAACCAUUCCGGCGGAGGUGGCGGGGAGGGGUACCGGGAAAUUACCGACCGCGGACCCCAAUUUGCGACCUGCCAUGGAGACGCCUUAGACAGCGAUAGCGACAAGAUAGCGCAUGACGACCAAGGCCAGUUUCGGUUGCCGUCGUCGUCGCAGCCUGCCUCCUUGGACGCCACCGCAAGAGGGCGCAUGAUGCCGGCAGGCGGCGCAAUCGGUUCCCCUUCGCAUCUUCGAGCUUCUCCCCGACAGGGCACAUGUAAUGAGGGCUUUCGUGGUGGAUCGUCCGCGGUGGCAGGCCUCGGGGGGAGGCGAGCGCCCGGGGGGGAAGCAGAAGAGGAAAGGGAAUGUGUCAUCUGCAUGGAGGAGUUUUGCAAGGAGGACCCCGAAAUGUUGACGCUUUGCAGCUGCGGCGUGAACAAGACGUUCUUCCACUACGCGUGCCUGCUGCAGUGGCUGUCGAAGCACUCGUACUGCCCGGCCUGCAGAGGAUACCUAUUUUUCGAGGAACGGCGCCGGGGCGGCGGCGAUGACCGUUCUCAGGACCGUUCCUCCAUCGCCGCAACAACGGGCACCACCACCACCGUUGGCGGCAACAGCAGUAGAACCGGCGGCAGGCUGGAGCCCCCCGCCCCUCCAUCCAGCAGCGGGGAAGUGCUUUCUAACGAGGAUUACCGGAGAGCAUUCCGACGGGCGCUUCGCGCUGGUCUGGGUGGCGAAUCAUCGCCAUCGAGCCCCAGAGGUGCCGGGGGGAACGUUGAGCUACUCUAACAAACCCCAUCCUUUCGCCCUCGCCCUCCCUAGAGUUACCUCGAGGGGCCCCGGCGGGUGGUCUCUAGGGGCCCCGGCGCAUGGUUUUUUGGGGGCGUGGGUCGUGGUUCCCGGGAACCCGGGGGGUGUUUUCCGGCGGGGCCCUUCGGGGUGGUUUUCCUCGUACGUUGCGGAGGAGGGCUUUGAUUAUGGAAAUGGUGGCAGACCAUACAUACGCGGUGAGUGUGUGCCGUAGGUCGCAUGACGUGAGAUUCCACACGCCCGCUGGACAAACUUGUAGAGAUUACGCCACGGCGAAGAGCACGCCAGGGUAGUCGAACAAUGCGUUAUCGGGAAGCUUUGAACGAGAAGGGUUCGUUCCGACGCCGACAUUUCCAGCACCGCCACCGCGGUCUGCUUUUUGCUGCCUGCGGAGCGGCAUCAGCAGAAGUGUGAAAAUCGGUCCACAGCGCGUGAUGUGCCACGCGACCCGCGGCAGUAGUAAUGUAUUGCUUCGGCGCGGUUGUGGCCGGUAUGUGGAGCCUUACUUCCUUCGACCUCAGCGGGGCUCACUGGUUGAGGGUGGUGGUGGGGGGGAGGGGUUUGGGCAUCACCAGUGGGAGUACCCCAAGACCCAACCGCCCCCGUCGAAUUCCUUGCAUGGCCGCUCUGGAUUUGUCUGUCACAUAGAGUAGUCCUUUCCCCGUUUGUUUUCUGUCGUGCUUCUGGCCGUGUUGAAAAAGGGUGUGUAUGCCCCACGUUCUUUCGAAGGGAUUAUCUAUUGUUUUUCCCUCUCCCGCUCAGCGCUCGUGUACAAAGUCGCUGUUUAUCUCAGGUUUCGGGAAGCUGUCGUUUGCCUUUUAUUUUUUUUUGUAUUAUUGUUGGUUUCCGUUUGACGUAAGCAUGAAGUUUUGUUGGCAAGGACCGAACAGGGCGGCGGCGGCGGUUGUGCCGUUGUUUUUGUGCUCGUUCUCUUGAUGGUAAAGAGAGACCGCCUGGCCACCCGCUUGCGAGUGAAUCUGAACGCCAGCCGGACAGAUUUUGAUAUUGGAAUGUGCUUGUGACGGGGAAAGUAACGCCUCCUCCUCCUGCUCGUCAACUCUGCACGGCUUGGGCGGGAUGUACAUACUUGCUCCACAGCGAUUGUGGUGCUGAGAUUUUUUCGAGGUGGGGCCGGAGGCGACCUUGGAGCAGAGCGACAACAAUGAGAGAUUGCGAUGGGCCUUAUAGGCCAAGUGCCGCGAGGGAUGAGGCAGUAAGAAGGGAUCCAUUAGAGUCUGACAAGCUUGCGUGUUCAUGGGUGCUUUUCGCCUGCUUGCCGUUCGUUAGACUCUGCCUGAUUCUCGAGUCAAUUGAGCAUAGCCCUUGGGUAUGUGCCGUCGAUGUGUUGUGUCUGUAGAGUUUUUGCUAAUUGUUUUCAAAAGUCGUUCGUCGCGUGCGUUCACUCCCUCUUGCUGAUACGCUAUUAUAUGCUCGUCCACAGGGGGUAAGUCCACCUUAGACGAGCCGAAUCCAUGGGGCCGAGUGACGGGUUUACGGGGACGUCGGUAUGUCGUCCCCACGUGCUCCUUUUCUCGGAGGGACGAGCGUCUUGGGUGGUUAGUCCGUGUCCUGUAGGUCUGGCGGGCAAGCGUUAUGGAAGGAGGGUUGCUAUCGUAUCACUUUUGUCGACGAGGCUGCGCGUGUUCUUUCCUUCUCUGUGAAAGAUACAAGCACGUGUCAUCGUGUGGCGGUGGGGCCACUUUUCCAUGUCUAGACUGCGGAAAGUGAUGAUGAUGCACAGAGUUUAUUGUUCUGCCUUGCCUUGUUCAGUGGACGAACACACGUAAAAAACGAUCAAGUCAAGGCUC